GAACCUUUCUUUUGGUUCCGGGCCUCACUGGAGCGAACAUGGCGGCCGAGGGAGACGUCGAUUUGGACCUCGAAGCCGACGAGAACUGCACCGGGAAACCGGCGGAAAAGCCCCGGAAACAUGACAGCGGGGCCGCGGACCUGGAGAGGGUCACGGACUACGCGGAGGAGAAGGAGAUCUCCAGCUCCGACUUGGAAACGGCCAUGUCAGUGAUCGGAGACCGAAGGUCACGAGAACAGAAAGCCAAACAGGAGAGAGAAAAAGAGUUGGCCAAAGUCACCAUCAAGAAAGAGGACGUGGAAUUAAUCAUGUCAGAGAUGGAGAUCUCUCGCUCGGUGGCGGAGCGCAGCCUGAGGGAACACAUGGGCAACGUGGUGGCGGCGCUGGUGGCUCUGACCCACUGAGCCAAUCGGCUUUCUGCACACUGGACUUCUUUAAAUGUGUUGUGGUUCCAGAGUUCAGGCCGAGCUCUGUGGGGGAACUUUUCUCUAGCUUUCUUUUUUUUUUUUUAAAUAAAAGUUGACUUGUU